AUGGGGAAUCGGCCGGCGAUCCAUCGCAUGCGGAUCGCCAUUCCUAACAGCUCAGCUCCCCUUUCGCAAGCGUCUCUGAGGUUCCAGUCGCAAUAUGGAGACAACGAUAGGAAAACGUUCGAAGAUAUGCGAUGGGCCAGUAAUGAGCCUAAGGCGGGUAUGCAGAAGGCUCUGCGAGAACUAAAUGAACAAGUUCAACGUCGAGGCAGAAUCUAUGAGAGGACGCUCGAAGACGCUCUCACACAUGCCGAGAAACAGGGAUCGCUCCGAGGAGUUGAGAUGCAACUUCUGUUGCGGGCCACAGGAAGUUUCCUCCGAGAAAUGCCACCCGCGCAACGCGUACAUCUAGCGGAGCGAAUCUGGAAUCUCACGCCCAAGGAUCAAUUGGAUAUCUCCCACUACAACACACUGCUAUACGUUAAGCUGGAGAACGGCGAAGAUUUCGAUCCGUCGGACUUUCUGAAGGAACUCGCCGAGGCCGGAGUAGCGGCGAAUCGGAUCACGUACCAAAGACUCGUUCAGCGGUACUGCGAGAUGGGAGACGUCCCGAAUGCCACGAAGAUCAUCGACUUCAUGAAGUCACGCAACUUGCCUCUGAACGAGAAAGUUUUCCAUUCCUUGAUCGUCGGUUACGUGAAGUCCGGUAGCGUCGACAGCGCUCGCAACAUCCUGAGCAUUAUGACAUCCGCAGGAGUGAAACCGAGCGCCGAGACACACACCGUCCUAGCCAAAGCACUUAUAGAAUCUGGUGACUCGGCGAGCGGUCUGGAAGCCGUAUCCAGCCAAAAGCUGUCGGACGAACAAAUUUUGCGACUCGUUAAAUCUCUCGCCCUGCGUAACGACUUCGACUCGUGCGACAAAUUACUGAAGCGGAUAAGUGACCCGAGGUUCAACUUCACAAGCUACAACAACGUGUGUGUAGAGCUGAUCGUUGCCGGAAACCUCGACGCGGCCAUAUAUGUUUACAGAAAGAAAACUAUAGCCGACGGGAAAUUCAACGCUGCGAACUUCCUGACAGUUACGGCUGCCAAGAACGGUUACAGCUGUUCCGAAGUGACGAGGGUAUUCGAGGAAUUGAGGGAACAGACCGAGACCUCGGCUUUCAUCGAAGCGGCGCGUUUCGGCAUCUACGGUGAGGACACGGCUCGCGCCGAGGAUUUCCUCGCCAAAUUGAAGGAGCUCGGCUUCCCAAUGCGGUCCCACUACUUUUAUCCGGCCCUGUGCCGGGCGGAAGAUGAAGCCGCAGUAUACGAAACCUUGUCGCGCAUGGUAUCGGCCGGGGUUAGCCUCGACUUCGACACCCUGGUCGAUUUCGUGGCUCCCAGAUUGGAUUUCAGCGACGUUAACGGCGUUCUCGAGAAAUUGGAGAAAGCGGGCGUUCCAGCCAAGCUAGCUACGACCUGCGUAGCUUUUAAUUUGCUGAAGGGGAAUCGUUUCGAAGAAGCAGAAGAGCUUCUGCAGGCGAGACCAUCCAUCCAAGAUGGGGUGAGGUUGACGGCGGUUCUGGCAUCGAGGGUCACUGAAGAGAAUAUUCCUAUCUCCAUCAAGAUUCUUGAGAAGUUGGUGAAUAUCUGCGCCGAUGAGCGGCCUCAGCCAGACCUUGUGGGUACCUUCAUCUCUAACGCGAGCGACGAGGCGGCGAUCGAAGCCCUCUCGCACACUCAACUACCAAUAAGCUCGAGGAGGUUCCGCUCCCUGAUAGCUAGGGGCGUCAACGUCGAGUGUCUGCGUGGCAACGUCGUCGACAUGCCCGACUAUGAUUACCAUAUAUUGAGCGACACUCACGACGAAGAUCUGGAAGCUCUUGCCCUCAGAGCCGACAGAGGCGACAGAGUUUCAGCGAGCAUUCUGCGGCGGCUGUUGACGGUUUAUUGCAGGGAGCGUAAUUUGGAGAAGGUCGACGAGGUAUUGCCGAAGUUGGAACGUUACGGACUGACAGGAGCCAACUAUUCUCACCUCGUAGCCCUCCACUGCCACCUGAUGGAUCCAGAACGCGCACUGCACUACUUGUCGGAGGCGAACAGUAAGGAAAUCGAAGUGAAUCCAAGACGGGUUCUCCAGAUCGCGAGCGUGCUCGUAGAACAGUCGAGGGUUGCCGAGGCAGAAGCGUUGCUCGACGAAUACUCUCGGAGCUUGUCAGUGGUUUCCGACGAGCACCUCAUGUGGAAAGAAAUCGGUCAGCUGAUGAAGGCCUUGACCAAAAAACAGGGGGCAGAAGAGACCUUGAAUUUCUUCGAUAAAUAUUUCUCCCGGUCCGCGGUCACCGAAGUGUUCGGAUAUGUUAUCAGAGGCUUCGCGGAGGAGGAUCUCUCGAAAGCGUUCGAGCUCAUCAAGGAGACCGCGUACAGGUACCGCAGUGCGCCGUGCAGGAAACUGGUCUGCAUGCGUCUCAUUCAGGAGAACAAGACCGAAGAGCUGGAAGCCCUCAUGAGCGUCAUCACCAGCAUAUUCGGACAAACGGACUGCUCCGUGGACAUGGUCCUCUGCUAUCUGGAGUGCGACAAGAUCGACGAAGCCAAAGCAACGCUGCUCCGGUGUCGCGGUGAGCGUGCCAAAGCGAGUUUGAUGAGAGCGUGCAACACGUACCUUAACGACAACAAGAAAGAUUGCUUGGACAGGUUGUUCGGUCUGAUGGACGAGCUCAACGUGGAGAGGGACGUUGCCGCUCUGUAUCGCAUCAAACAGCUGAACAGGACCAACGAUGUAAAAGCCGCCAUGGACAUCUGGACUGAAUCGCAGGAAGAGAACAUCGUCCUGCUCCCGAUGGCGCUCCAGAUCCUAGCGAACAUGCUCGAGAGGAAUGGUCAAGAAGUACCCUUCGUCGUCCCAUCUAAUGAGGGAGGUCUCGGAGGCUUGAGUCCUGAAAAUACGGUUUUCCAGCGGAUCUUGAGCGGGUCUCUGGAUAAGGCCUUCAGUAUGCGGAAUGAACUCAAGGCUCAGGAAAAGACUCUGAGCUUCAGAGACUCUAUGGCUCUCAUCACCGCGCUCACGGACGCCGGGAGGCUCGCGGAGGCGUUCGAAGUUGCGAGAGACUUGAAGACUCUGUCGACACAGCAGUUCCGUCAACUAAUCGUAAGUUUGUAG